CAAAAUUUCAUUUCGCAAAUAUACUCACUGUUUCAAUUAAUAAAGAUGAAAGAAUAAACAAUAAAAGCGUUAAGUAUAUCAAGUCAAACAAUUAUCAUUUCUGUAAAGUUACAAUAAAUAUUUAUAUUCUACAAAUAAUUAUCUUAAAUUCUUUUUUUAAUUAAAAAAUUAAUAAAUUCUUAGUAGUUGAAAAUUGUAUAUUGUUACUACAAAGUGUUACAAAGUAUUACAAAAAGAAAUACAAAGAUAUUUUUAGAAUUUAUAAGAAUUCAAUAGAGUGAUAUGAUAAUCUUCGACCUAUUAUCGAAUACCUUAUUGAAACUACAUACAACUAAAUACAAAUCAAUAUUUCACGGCAAUCAUCUACCUUCAAUUUUAUUGUAUAAAGGGAUGCCGUAAAGUUAUUGGAAAAUGAAUUUUCUUAUGUACGAAACAAUUGUUGCUGUCUUGAAAAUUAUAUUUUAAUAUAUAUGUGUCAAAUAAGUAAAUGAUUCGUAGUCAUUUUCAGUAAUAAUGUUCAAUUGCAUUUGUCAGAUUGAUUUUUACAGUUUUAGAAAGAAAAAUACGCAUAGAUUUAGACCAUAUAGAUUCACUUAAAGACAUUUACUUCAUACAGGUUGUACAAGUUGCAACGUUGCUGUCAUGGAUAGACUUUCAGUAUUUCAGAAAACUAAAAAACAGCAUAAUGAAAUAUAUGAUAUUCCUUAUUACAAAAUGAUGGAGAAAUACAUACGAUUUUUGGGACAAGAUCCACGUCAAAAAAACGAAUUUAGAAAUAUUAUCGUAUUUAUAUUGGUAAUUAGUAUUGCAAGCAUUCUCAUCCCAACGACGCUUGAAUUAUACAUAUCGUUACGUAACAAGGAUAUGGACGGUGUGAUUGAAUGUAUACCGCAUUUUAUCGCAUCUUCGAUUAGUGCCGUUAAAUUAUUAAAUUUACAUUUCAACAGACAAAAUUAUAACAUAUUGUUUCAUUUUGUGAUAAAAAAGUGGCAACAACUAAAAUCAAUAUAUGAAUUGAAUGCUCUUGAUGAAACAAUCAUGCAAGGCAAAAGAAUGGCAAAAUUGUAUCGAAAUACCUUAUUUUCUUUUCUAAUUUUAUACCUUUUUUCAGAUACCUUAUUUUCUUUUCUAAUUUUAUUCUUGUUGGUCCCACUAGUUUCUCCUAUUCUGGACAUUGUUCAUCCAUUAAAUCAAACCCGAUCUCGGCAACAACUACUUAGAGUUAAUUACAUUAUUUUCGACACUGAUGACUACUUUUUUUACAUAUACUUACAGUUAGCUUGGGGAUCAAUUAUUGUCGUACUGACUAUAAUCGCUGCUGAUUGGUUCUACAUUCUUAUAAUCCACUUUAACAGCGGAUUGUUUGCUGUGUGUGGAGUUCAAGUUUUAGAAGCAACAAUGAAUUCGAAUUUAGUUUCUAAAGAUGCGUUUUCUGAGAAUUCGUCGUAUGAAAAAUUUAGAACUUGUGUAAUCAUGCAUAACGAAGUUAUAGAGUUUUAUAAUAUUUUGAAUGAAAACUGUCAGUAUAGUUAUUUAAUUCAGGUUGGAUUAAAUAUGCUGGGUAUGAGUACGACAGCCGUUCAAACAGUCAUAAAUUUAGACAGACCUGAUGUAGCAAUUAGAAGUGCUGUAUUUUUUGGGGCUAAUCAAUUUCAUUUGUUUUUGCUCAGUCUACCUGGACAAAUACUUUUGGAUCAUUGUGCUGAUUUUGCAAAUGCUAUAUAUGAUACCACGUGGUAUGGAACAUCAUUGGAAAUUCAAAAAAUGCUUUAUAUGAUGCAAAUAAGAAGUAAAAAACUAUGUGCAUUAACUGCAGGUGGAUUGUAUGAUAUGAAUAUCGAGAACUUCGGAAUAACUUUUAAAACGUGUAUGUCAUACUUCACCAUGAUAAUGUCGUUGAAAUAAUGAUUCUACGAUGUUUAUAGAAAAUGUACAACUAAAUCUAUUAUAUUCUCUAUCCAAAUUAACUAAGGAUAUGAAUAGUAGUAGAAAUAAUUAAUGUACAUUAUUAAUAUUAAAUAGUAUAAAAAACUUUAUCAAAAAAACAAAUGUUGCAA